UUUUAUCAUAUGGACAAUAAUUUAGCCUCAUUCAAACAUUUAAGAGAAUCUUUUAAUCAUUUGUGAAAAGGGUUGAACAUGAUCACUAUAUAUAAAUCCAACAAACAGUUGACUUGAAUUUACAAAUAUUUUAAAUACAAACUUGGCGUGGGGAGCAAGUGCUCAAUUCUGAGCUAACAAAUCCACUUCCCAUUGUUCUAUAAAAAUCAUUCAAAUGGUGGUUCCAUGGAAUCUGAUCAAGGCUACCAUCUUCUCCCAUUCACAGCACCAAGUUCAGACACCCAUUGUUUUGAUUUUGAGGCAAAGAAAAGCACCAUGGAAGAAGGUGAUCAAUUCAAUUGUAGAGAGAAGAAUAUGGUGGAAGAACAAGAAGGAUCGGAAGUAAUUGGUGAAGAGGGGAUAAUAGAUUGUUCUGAUGAUGAAAUGCCUGUUGGAGUUGUUCGACAUUUUUAUUUUGUGAAGGUUUUGCCACUUGAGAACCCAAAUUUGGAUGCCAUGAUCAAGAAGGCUGAAGAGAUGAUUGACAAGACGAAUCGAGACCAAGUUCUGCUAGCCACAAAGAUACGGGAAAAGAUGAUGGAUCGCGACGCGGUGCGCUCAAAAUUGAGCUGGAUGAAGAAGUAUGAUUAUUAUGAACUCACCAUAAAAUGGCAUAAGGAGAGAUUGGACAUCCUGCAUCUAUCACUAGACAAACUGACCUUUGCAAACAACGCAUAUAAAGGAAAGCCGGUCAACUCGUGCUUGUCGUCAGGGGAAGUCGAUAAGCAAAAACUGCAUUUCUUGAUGCUACAUGGCUGUAAAAACAUGGCUGAUGAGAGAAAGCUAUUAAGGGAAGUCAAUGCAAGCCAAGGGAAGGAUGGGGGCAUCACAUUAGAUGAACUUCAUGCUCCUAUUCAGCGCUUGCGAGGACAAUUUCCCACCAACUACAUGGGGCGUACAGAAUCCGAUGAAAAUGCUCGUAAACAAGCCAUUCUCAAAGGCAUAAAACAUCAUGAAGUUAUUAUGGAGAAAGCCAUUGCUAAUGCCGUAGUGAAUGGAAAAUUGUGGAACUCUCUAAGCUCAAAAAAGUCCAUUCAAGAAGAAAUAGAGAUGCUCAACAACAGUUCAAUUCAACCAAGGGAAAGACAAAGGAAAACAAUAACCGAAAUUCGGAAGGUAAAUUUAGAACUCGAGAAGGUAGAAAAAGAUAUACGUUCUCUACAAAAGCUCUUCACAGAUGCAAAUCGCAAAAAAGAUGACGCAUACACAACCAUUCUUAGACUGAAGAAGCAGUAUGGGGAAGAGAAUGCUUCCUACUACCAAUACCGUUCCCUCAUGAAGAAAGUUGAAGCACUUGUUAAAAAGAAAGACAUUGCAGCAGUUCAAGAAGUAUCUCAAACACAGGUUGAAAAAUUUAUGCACCAGUGGAAUGAUAACAUGGAAUUCAGAAACGAUUACAAAAAGAGAGUCAACCCGUCGUUAAAAAACCGACAUCUUGGUGUGGAUGGGAGGAUGACGAUGAACAACCAAAAGCCAGAGGUUGAGGACACUCGGAAAAUUAUUAAACCAGAUACUCUUUCUAAAACUAGAUUGAAAUGGUUGAUGAAAGAUAGUGAGGAUCCCUUUGAACUUCUUUCUUAAUGAAACUAAUGCAAUAAAUGUUUGUUUUUCUCAUCCCUUUAUUACAUGUUCAAGAGUGUUCUUAUCGUCAAUUCAAUUCCUUAGUUUGAAUCCUCCAUGAAUUCAAAUGAAAAGCCAACUAAUGCCAACCUAAAGAAUAUCAUAGGUAUAACAAGUUUGUAUCAAUGUGUAUUGUUGGUAGAGUAUGAGUUGAUAUUGAAAAAAAGAAGAAGAGAAAGUAGGAAAUGAGAAGGAAUAAGAUAAUAGGUGAAUUCAAAGUAUAAUUGGGAAGGACAUUAGAGCUUAGGGGUUAGGGGUUGGAGAGAGUUAUUUUUGGCAAUUCCAAGUGUCUCCCACAUGGUUGUUGAGCCACUCUAUUCCUUUCAUUUUGAAACAAGAUAUGGCAUUUUUAAUA